AGAAGAUAAGUGAUAUCCAGCCCAAAAUGGAAGUGUGUCCUUACUGUAAGAAGCCAUUUAAAAGAUUAAAGUCCCACUUGCCACACUGUAAAAUGAUAAAAUUGGCCAUACCUGCUGAUCAGAAAGUUGAUCAGUCCAGGCCAGCUACAGGGCUGUGUGCUAAAAAAGUGGAAAGGCCUACCAAAGACUUAACUAAAGCUAAGAGAAAAGAGCUAGAAACAGAGGAUGAGAAAAGAAAUACCAAAUCAAUAAACAACAAACUGGAAAGGACAGUAACAUCCUCUCCACUACAAGACACUGACUUGAAGAGAGCAAGUACUCCAAAGGCCGAUGUAGACAAGGCUCAAAGUCACCUAGCUUUCAGAGUGUUAAAAUACACCAAACCAAAGAUUGCCUUCCGAAGAAAAACUAAGGCUGAGUCUUAUCCCUCGAUUAACCCCUCUCCUAAACUUGCCAAAGAUUUGCCUAAAUCAAAGGAGAUCCAGUUGAUUCCUUCAGAAACAAAAGCAUCAUUACCCAGUGGUUCAACAGAACCAUCUUUGUCGAAUCAAGGUAGAAAAUGUUCUUCGGUCAUACCAAGUGAUGUACAAGCCAAUCCUGUGCAUGUGAAGUCAGACACAAGUGAGCCUCAAAAACAAGGCCUUCUAAUAAAAUUAUUAGCUAUGCCUACUAGUGAUUGUCAUUCUCCGAAGAAUCUCAGUAAUGAAAUCUUAACGUUGAGAGCAUCAGUGUUGAACAAGAACGAUUCCAGAGAACGAAGCUACAUGCCAGCACUCUCUGCUGACAUUGGAAACCCUGAGGCUCAGGGAAAGAACUCAGAAUCACUUGUUUUUGGCCUUCACCCCAACCCGUCAGGUCCAAUCGCAGUUGAAAACCAAGUUGCAGGACUUGGCUGUGGAGUGGAGGUGUGUCGGAGGCCGGGAAAUGCUGAGGACAGCAUGCGUGGGACAGAUGUGCGGGAACGGGCUUCCGUGAGCCAUGGCUGUAAGAACUUCACUGGCAGCUCAGCCACCAAGGAGAAACAGCAAGACAGAGAUUCGCUUUUAAACCUGUUAUCUUCGCGAGAGGCAACUUACAAUGAAUUUCUUUGUGUGUUGCCAACAGAUCAUCAGAGUCGUGCCUCUCUUUCCAUGAAAGGUCUUCAGGGAGAGAAAGCGCAAGCCUCUGGUCAUAAUCGGGUCCCCAAUUUCAAACUCCUAGCCCUGGAGCCCCACCCUGCCUCUCUCCCUGGGUGCCAGCAAUCUUCGCACUCCACCCAGCAUCGUAUUUCUAAAAGCUUCCUCAUCAGUGAUGUGGCUGUUGACAGAAAGCCCGUGCCUAGCUCCAUGGGGCUGGAGUGGUUUCCAGAGCUCUAUUCUGGCUAUGCUGGACUAGGGGUAUUGCCAAGGAAGCCUCAAUAUUGGAGCUCAGUGGCCCAGAGACCUCAGCUCGCCAGUCCCCUGGGGGGACAUCUCUCACAAGUUCUUUUGUUGGAAAGAAGCUCGGCUGGUGUAAGGAGUUUGGAACCCCCGACUGGGCUUACAACCUCCACCUUCCCUGUAACGAGGCUCUUGGGCGCUCUGCACAAAGGUUGGAUCAGGUGUAACACCACCAUAAAGAAGGGUGGAAUUGGUGGCAUCACAAUGCUCUUCACAGGGUACUUCCUGCUCUGCUGUAGCUGGAGUUUCAGGCAUCUGAAGAGCCUAGGAAGCCCAGCCUGGCCUCCAACCCUUGAUCCUCCUGCCUCAGCCUCCUGAGUGUGGGGUUGCUUGUGUCACCCCACCCAGCUGAGCAGUGAUCUGUAAAUUCAGGUGAUUUUUAAGAAUCCAUUAAAAAAAAACCCUCCCCAUUCUGGAACUCUUGGUGUGUUUCUCCUAUGGUAGAAGAAAAGUCUUGAUUUGCUUAUUUAUUGUUGCUGCUGAGGCUGGGGAAAUACUGGAGACCUCUUAUCAAGCCCUGUCAUGAUCUCUGCAUCCUGGUCACGUGAUCUGAAGUUGUUGAGGGAAGUUGAUGGCCAGUCUUUUCUAAGCAGCACCAUCAGGGAAUGUACUUCUUAGCUUGCAGUAUCGUUGGGGCAAAUGUACCCCGAGUUGAUUUGUACUGCCCAUCGCCAUCAUGUGUGAUCUGUCAAGUUAAAACCUUUGUCAGAGCUGGGCACCAGUGGCCUGUAAUCCUAGCUACUUAGGAGCCUGAGAUCGAGGAUCACAGUUCAAAGCCAGACAGGACAGGAA